GCCACUAGUGGAGAAAAUCAGCCUCAUCUAUAGAUAUUCCUUCUAGAUUAUAGAAUCUGCCCAAUUCGACUCGUUCAAUCUGUAUAAAUAUACGGAAAUAACAUGAGCAGCAUUAGAAUCUGAUAUAAGUGGUUCAUUACGUGAAAACACUAACAAUAACUGCGUCAAAAAUGUGCACUCAGUAUUCAGACCAUCAUCAAUGAACAAUGAUCUACUUAGCAGUUUUGUCAAACGACUCGUAGAUUUUAUUUUGACAGUGACUAUGUGAUGUGAAUUGUGCGAAAAUGGAAAAAUUCCUUGCAGUUGUUAUUCUGUUGUGGCAGCACGUGAACUGUCAGGCAACACCUAUUAGUAUUUAUGUGCCAAAUCAUAUGGUUCCUCUACCUGAAGGCAUCAACAAUAAUUUAAGAAACGAAGGACUUAUUUUAGGCAAUUGUAAAGUAGUUAUCAACGACAUUUGUCCUGAUCCAGAUAUAAAAUUCUUCCUGUAUACAAAGAGCAAUCCCAAAGUUCCUGAAGGAGUUAGAAUAGGUUCAGAUCCUCAUGUUUCCAAUUUAACAUCAACUUCGUUCAAUCCCAAAAAUCCGGUGAAAAUAAUAAUACAUGGAUAUAACUCGGAUAUGUAUCUGAAUGUUCUAGUAGAAAUAAAAGAUCAAUACCUGAAAACUAACGAUUAUAAUAUUUUUGCUAUCGAUUGGUCACCCUUAUGCCAAUCUCCUUGCUAUAUUGCUGCUCUGUGGAAUUUGAAGCAUGUUGGAGCUUGUGCUAGCCAGUUAGUGGAGAGAAUCAGGGAAUUUGGAGUUGAGGAUAUUCACGUUAUUGGGUUCAGUUUAGGAGCUCACGUUCCAUCUCAUCUGGCCAACGCUCUUCUACCUUACAAGCUGCCGAGGGUAACCGGUUUAGACCCAGCUGGUCCAGGUUUCAUAACAGCAAGCAAGGAGAACAAGCUGGAUAAAGAGGAUGCGAAGUUCGUAGAUGUCAUCCACACCAACUGUUUUAUACAGGGCCUUGUUGAAGAGCUUGGUCACGUGGAUUUCUAUCUUAACGGUGGCAUUAUACAGCCUGGUUGUUGGGCUGAAUCAAGAUUCUUUGCCUGUAAUCACCAUAGAGCACCCUUAUACUUCGCCGAAUCCAUCAAUACCCAACUUGGAUUUUGGGGCUGGCCUUGUCCUUCCUAUUUCCAGUACAUCCUUGGCAACUGCCCACCGAAGGAUCCUCAGAUCAUAAUGGGUGAACAUGUUAACGCUACAUCAACAGGAGUUCAUCUAGUGAUCACUGAAUCUGUUGCUCCUUUCGCCAUUGGAAAAUACACCGGCCCUGCCAUAGAGAUUUACCUGAGAGCCAAUGCUCAGCGCAAGGAUGUUUUGAAGAAGUACAAACGGACCAUCGAAGAUUUUCUGCAGGAGGAAUCUUAUUCACCUAUCGUUUACAAUAGGACUUAUUUGAAGGAGCAGUUGUAUGAGAAGUUUGCUGAUGAGAUUAUGCCAGAAGUGUUUAUGCUUUGAUGUUUGGUGCACGUAAACGAAUAGAGUGCUAGAACUAUGAGUGAAAAAUGAAGUUAAACUUUUUCGGAAUGAUAGAUAGAGAUGCCCCAUUAUGUAAAUAUUUCUUAUAAUUUAUGAACUACGUGUCAGAUAUAUUGAGUAUUACAAUAUAUUUUUUUUAUUGUUGGAAGUUA